AUGCUCGACCUCCGAAUUGCCUCCGAAUCUGCACGCACUUUGAAUGCGACGUCCCGGUUCAGAUCUAACGAGCUGCACAUACAGACAACGAGCCUGAACUUUACAAACAGUCUGGUUGAAGACUUGGGCGGACCUCUUGACAAUAGUUUCGUUUCUCCCGAUGAUGCAUCUGACGGCAACAACUCACACACCAUUCGCGACAUUCUGAUGACGAGCGAGGACAUUGAGCUAGCAGAUCUUCGCGGAGGAAGACAGACGGAUGAAGUAUUCCAUGAAGGUGCUGACGCUGGUAAUGCGUCAACUUUCGAUAUCGCUAGGCGUUCGGAAUACGAUUAG